AUGGCUGACAGCAAUGUCAGUGGGAUAACUGAAUUCAUCCUCCUGGGGCUGACUGAUAACCCGGAACUGAAUACAGUCCUAUUUGUGGUGUUUCUCUUGAUCUAUCUCAUUACUGUCCUGGGCAAUGUCUGGAUCAUCACCAUCAUCCUGGUUAGUGAUCAGCUCCACUCUCCCAAGUACUUUUUCCUUAGCCAGUUGGCUUUCCUGGAUUUCUGCUAUUCCUCAGUCUUCAUUCCUAAGCUGUUGGUGAACUACGUAGCAGGACAGAAAGUUAUCUCCUACAGAGGUUGCCUCCUGCAAUACUCCUUUGUCAGCUUGUUCCUGACCACGGAAUGCUUCCUCUUGGCCGCCAUGGCCUAUGAUCGGUACCUUGCCAUCUGCCGCCCUCUUCACUAUAAAGGUCUCAUGACACCCACCUUCUGCAUCCACCUGGUCGCUGCCUCCUAUCUACUGGGCUGUGCCAACUCACUCACCCACCUGUCUGGUUUGCUCAGUCUGUCCUUCUGUGGACACAAUGUCAUUAACCACUAUUUCUGUGAUAUCCCACUGCUUUUCCAACUUGCCUGUUCUGACACCCAUUACAGUGAGGCUUUAUUUACUGUCCUCUCUGGAGCCACAUCAGUGGCUACCUUUCUGAUGGUGGUUAGUUCCUAUCUGGGAAUCCUUCUCACGGUCCUGAAGACACGGUCUUUGAGAAGCAGAUACAAAGCCUUCUCCACAUGUGCCUCCCACCUAACGGUAGUGAGUGUCUUCUAUGGAACAGUGAUUUUUACUUAUUUGGGGACCAGCUCUAGCUACCCAGACAAGAAAGCCAAAAUCUUGUCUGUGUUCUAUACCCUUUUGCUGCCAGUACUAAAUCUUCUGAUAUACAGCAUAAGGAACACAGAAGCCAAAGAAGCAAUGAAAAGAAUUAUCAUGAGAAAAAUAUUUGCUCAGUGA